AUGAAGCCACCCACAUCCUCGUUGCUGAGGUUCCUCUUCCUUCUGGCUGCUCCGCUUGUCUCUCAUGCUGCCUCCGAUUCUUCUGCUCCCAAGGAUGGCCUUUCUCCCUGUGUCGUCCGCUCUCCGACGACCGGCCUAUUCUACGAUCUGAAUACCAUCUCCUUAUCUCCACCCCCGGUAGACGGGGACAAACCUCGCAAAGGCGCCCGAGACGAGAGUUGGCACGCCAGAGGACACGAUUAUAAUGCCAACUUUACGCUAAACAUCUGUGCGCCCGUGGUCGAAGAUAUCAAGGAUGUGGUGGGGGUGGACCGCUCAAGGUGGAGGAAUGUUAGCGCCUACUAUGAGAGGGAGGGUAAAGUCUACUCCAUUGGUCAACAAGCAUCAGACCCCUUCUUCCGCGGCCGAAAGCUGGUCAUGAACUAUACCAAUGGCUCCCCUUGUGCCGGCGAUUACAUCGGAAAUGCCGCCCGCACCAAAUCCACCAUCAUGUCGUUCCUGUGUGAGCGCGACACCCCUGCCUCCCAGGCGACGGUCUCCUUUGUCGGCACCAUGGACCAGUGCACAUAUUUCUUCGAGGUGCGAAGCUCUGCCGCUUGUGGCGCUACCGCGCCCACACCGGAUAACCCGGGCCUUUCGCCAGGCGGCGUAUUCGGCGUAAUUGCCUUGAUCGCCGUGGCGGCGUACCUAGUCGGUGGUUGCGCAUACCAACGAACCGUCAUGCACCAGCGCGGUUGGAGACAGUGCCCGAACUACAGUCUUUGGGCGGGAAUGCUCGACUUCAUCAAAGACAUGAUCAUCAUCCUCCUCUCCUCCCUAGCCCGCCUCCUCCGCCUAAAACGUUCCCCGGCUCUCGGCCACGGCCACACCCGCGGCAACAGCGUCAACCACCGCGGCAGUUUCGGCCGUCGAGGCAGUGACGUCGAUGCCGAGAAUCGACUGAUAGACCAGUUAGAUGAGGAGUGGGAAGAUUAA